UGGUAACUGCAAACUACAUCUUAGAAGAAACAAAUUUAGUUGAAGCCUCUCAAAAACAUUCACAAAUCCGAGAAAUAAUGAAAAACUCUUCUCUUUUAUUCAUACUAAUUGUCGUUAUUUCUUCUUCAGAAAACGGCAAAAUGAUAGGAGAAGCAAAAAAGUGUAGUAAUUCAUGGAUUUGUGAAGGAGACGAGAAAUGCAAAGAGAAGUGCAUGGCUGACUACAAAGGCAAUGGAACAUGUUAUUACCCAUCUCCUCCUUCAAAACAACAUCCUGAGUUUUCUUAUCCUACAUGCUGGUGUGGGUUUCAGUGUUAAGCUCGAUCUCUCUAUCCAAAACUAUUGUUAUCUUUAAUCCAUUGAAUCUAUAUAUUAAUCAUCAAUACAUAACUUAAAUAAUUUCUCUUAUUUUUCUUUUAUCAUUUAUUUCUUUUAUACAUUUAAGAUCGAUUAUAAGAGUUCAGACGAUGAAGAAGAAACUGGAGUUGGAAUCACAGAUUCUUUGGUUGCUAAGCAAUGUUUUUGCCUAUAUGAUCAUUGCUAAGCUCUCCAUACAAUAAUAAUGUUUCUUUUGUUAUGGAUGGAUAAUAUUAAUGGUAGACUCUUUUACCGUCAAUGGCAUGAUUAAAGAAUAAUUUUUUAUUAACCCUCAAUGUCGUUUUCUGUGGCUUCACAGACAAUUUUUUUUACUCUUUU